AUGUGGCGACAGCCGGCCCGCUAUCUAUGCACUGAAGUCCGCCAGCAUCCUGAACUUUACUUCUCUGGCAUCCAACCUACUGGCGUACCACAUCUUGGAAACUAUUUUGGCUUCAUAGAACCAUGGACGAAGCUGCAGAAAGAUCUUCCUCCCUCGACGAAGAUGGUUCUGGCUAUAGCUGACCAACACGCGAUUUCUCUUGGCCCAAAGUCUUCGAAAGAGGUUUGGGAUGUUUCUCCUUACUUCUCCGUUACAAAAAAGUGA